AUGUUCAGUGUAGUAAAUGAUAAAAUACCUCAGAUUGUUUUCGCGUUAUCAGCGUCUCUGGGAGCGUUCGUCAUCGGAACAGUGCUCGGAUGGUCCUCGCCAACUCUGACGAUGUUUGAGAAAGGGACCGCUGUUAGCUUCGAGGUGUCGGCCAUGGCCGCUGCGACCGCGUGUUCGCUGUUUGGGGUGGGCGCCGUGAUUGGUGCGGUUCCGGCUGGUGCCGUGUCGUCCGUGUUCGGUCGGCGAGUGUCGCUCAUCGUCAGCGAGGCGCACGUGGUCUUCGGGUGGCUGAUGAUCGCUUUCCCGAAGGCUGCGAGGAUGUUGUACGUGGGUCGGAUACUGCAGGGCGUCGGGUGCGGUGCCAUGUGUACCAUAAUACCCAUGUACGUCGGCGAGAUAGCCGAACCUGAGAUCCGAGGGUUCCUCGGCGGUUUGUAUCAGUUGUUUGUCGUAUCCGGCAUCUUGUACUCGUACGUGCUCGGCAACUUUUUGAAUUAUAACCAACUCAACUUGGCGUGUGGAGUAUGGAUGGUGAUCCACAUACUGGGUGUGCUGUACAUACCGGAAUCGCCAUAUUUCCUGAUUCAGGAGAACAAAAGAGUUGGCGCCGAAGAGGCGAUGGCCCGGCUACGGGACCCCAGUCACGACUGCAAGUCCGAGCUCGACGAGAUACAGAAAUUCAUCGAAGAAGAGCAGAAGAACAGUUACACGGCACGCGAGGUGCUCGAGAAGGACGUGAAUCGGAGGGCGCUGACGAUCGGCAUCGGUUGCAUGUUUUUCCAGCAGAUGACCGGCAUCAACGCCAUCAUAUUCUAUAUGAAACACGUGUUCGAGAUUUCGGGAAGUGACAUCAGCCCCGAAGUGUGCACGACCGUCGUGGGGACAAUACAGGUGGCAAUGACAUUCGCGUCUAUGAUGAUCACGGACAAGUUUGGCAGACGAUCAUUAAUGGUGUACUCGAUGACUUUGAUGGGCAUCUGUUUACUGGCUCUGUCGUAUUAUUUUUUUUCAAAAAAAUACAACCCCCACGUGGCUGAAACGCUGGACUGGUUACCACUGGUGGCAAUAGUGUUUUACAUAUCCAUGUUUUCCAUCGGUUGCGGUCCCAUACCGUACAUAAUCAUUGGGGAAAUAUUCUCAUCAGAACUCAAGUCGAUGGGCACGGGCAUGUCAAUCGCCACCAAUUGGAUAUUGGUCUGGUUGGUAACUUGUCUGGCCGAACCUAUGGACAAAUUUAUCGGCCCAAGUGGUACGUUUUUCGUGUACUCAGGGUUCUGCUUUAUGGGUAUGUUGUUCGUCGUGAAUUGCGUACCGGAGACCAAAAAUCGAUCUCUAGCUAUGAUUCAAUCGGAUCUCGAAAAGAACUAA